CCGGCUGACUUCCAAACACAAACCAGCUCAGGCUGGGCUCCGGUGGAAGGACUGCCUCUGGCCAGCGACGCCAGCUCCGACUCAGGGCUCCGCCAGUCACCACCAGGAACAUCCGUGCCUGAACCAUCGAAGCCGGUCCCUCGCUCAUUCGCUCACCUGCCCGGUGGUCAGCCAUGGCCUCCUCCUGGCCCACCUGAGCCUGCCCUCUGGCUUCAGCCCCACUCAAGGCCUUGCAGGCACCAGAUGAAGAAACUGAGGCUCAGACGGAGCAAGUGCCCCGGAGGCCCGGGCAUACAACAGGUGGAUGCAGAUGACGUCCUGACCAAGGAGGAGCAGAUCUUCCUGCUGCACCGAGCCCAGGCGCAGUGCGAGAAGAGGCUCCUGGAAGUCCUACAGAGGCCAGCCAGCAUAAUGGAGUCAGACAAGGGAUGGACAUCCACGUCCACCUCAGGGAAGCCCCGGAAAGACAAGGGACCAGGAAAGCUCUCCCCGGAGUCCAAGGAAGAAGACCAGGAGGCGCCCGCUGAUAGCAGGCACCGAGGGCGCCCUUGCCUGCCCGAGUGGGACCACAUCCUGUGCUGGCCUCCGGGGGCGCCUGGUGAGGUGGUGGCUGUGCGCUGCCCGGACUAUAUUUACGACUUCAACCACAAAGGGCAUGCCUACCGACGCUGUGACCGCAAUGGCAGCUGGGAGCUGGUACCUGGGCAUAACAGAACGUGGGCCAACUACAGCGAGUGCUUCAACUUCCUGACCAAUGAGACGCGCGACCGGGAGGUGUUCGACCGCCUGGGCAUGAUCUACACCGUGGGCUACUCCGUGUCGCUGGCCUCCCUCACGGUCGCCGUGCUCAUCCUGGCCUACUUCAGGCGGCUGCACUGCACGCGCAACUACAUCCACAUGCACCUGUUCCUGUCCUUCAUGCUGCGCGCCGUGAGCAUCUUCGUCAAGGAUGAGGUACUCUACUCGGGCGUGCUCGAAGAGGUGGAGCGCAUCGCAGAGGAGGAGCUGCGCACCAUCGCCCAGGCCCCGCCGCUGCCGCCCAACGCCGGCUCCGUGGGCUGCCGGGUGGCAGUGACCUUCUUCCUUUACUUCCUGGCCACCAACUACUACUGGAUUCUGGUGGAGGGGCUCUACCUGCACAGUCUCAUCUUCAUGGCCUUCUUCUCAGAGAAGAAGUACCUGUGGGGCUUCACGGUCUUCGGCUGGGGGCUGCCCACCGUCUUUGUGAUCACGUGGGUUGCUGUGAGAGCCACCCUGGCCAACACCGGGUGCUGGGAUCUGAGCUCCGGGAACAAGAAGUGGAUUAUCCAGGUUCCCAUCCUGGCAUCCAUUGUGCUCAACUUCAUCCUCUUCAUCAAUAUCGUGCGGGUACUUGCCACCAAGCUGCGGGAGACCAAUGCCGGCCGGUGUGACACAGGGCAGCAGUACCGGAAGCUGCUCAAAUCCACGCUAGUGCUCAUGCCGCUGUUUGGUGUCCACUACAUCGUCUUCAUGGCCACGCCGUACACUGAGGUCUCAGGGACGCUCUGGCAAAUCCAGAUGCACUACGAGAUGCUCUUCAACUCCUUCCAGGGAUUCUUUGUCGCCAUCAUAUACUGUUUCUGCAACGGCGAGGUACAGGCCGAGAUCAAGAAGUCUUGGAGCCGUUGGACGCUGGCACUGGACUUCAAGCGCAAGGCCCGCAGCGGGAGCAGCAGCUAUAGCUACGGCCCGAUGGUGUCGCACACGAGUGUGACCAACGUGGGCCCCCGCACGGGACUCGGCCUGCCCCUCAGCCCCCGCCUCCUGCCCGCUGCUGCCAUCAAUGGCCACCCCAAGACAGGGGCCCAAAGCCCAGAGACAGCAUCACCCACCAGGGCUGCUCCCAAGGACAACGGUUUCCUCAAUGGCUCCUGCUUGGGGCUGGACGAGGAGGCCUCGGGACCGGAGCACUCCCCCGCCCUGCUGCAGGAGGAGUGGGAGACCGUCAUGUGACCCGGAGCCAGGGGCUGAACCUGCGGACACAGGGGCAGAAGGACCAAGACCCAGGGGGUUGGGCGGUUGCCCUCUCAGGGCUGGGGUUCAGAGGGAAAAGUGGAAAGAAAAAAACCAAAAGGAA